AUGGUGUUAAACUUGACUCACCUGCCUGCGAAGACCGUGUCACCAGUAAGGCUGGCCCAUGUUGUCCUCCGGACGACACCUGAGAAUUUUUUGACUAUGACCGAAUUCUACAAAAAGUUUUUGGGGGGCCAGGCGUCGUGGGAAAAUGAUGUCCUGUCCUUCAUUACGUACGAUGAUGAGCAUCAUCGGAUCGCAAUCGCUGCAUUGCCCAACGUUGGACCGAGAAACCCAAAGACUUGUGGACUAGAGCACAUCUCCUUUACUUUCAACUCCCUCGAGGAGUUGCUUGUUGCCUAUCGACAGCGUGCAGCUCAGGGAGUUUCUCCCAUCUGGACCGUCAACCAUGGAGUCACUGUCAGCAUGUACUACCGCGAUCCAGAUGGAAAUCAACUUGAAACGCAAGUGGACUGUUUUCAAGAUAUCGAAGAGAUCAAUGCAUAUAUGACGGGCCCCGAAAUGGCAGAAAACCCACUCGGUGUCGAGUUUGAUCCCGAGGAGAUGAUCCGUAAACUUCAAGAAGGUAUACCUGAAGCAGAACUGCUGAAGAGACCGUCUAUUGGACCGAGAGGGCUCGAUGAUCUGCCGUUGAUUGAUAUGUGA